AAAAGAGUGACAAAGACAGAACAGCGGUUAUUGACAAAGGUUUCUGGGCACUGUCAGAGUGUUGUGUGGCACAAUUCAGAUCAUCAUGGAAUUGUGGACAAGACACUUCCUUGUUCUUUCCCUACACUGCAACCUUCUGCUAGCCUUGGCCAACCAUAGAGUUUUUCUACCCUCAGCACAAUCCUUCUUGCGGUCCAAGCGAUCAAACACAUUUUUCUUUGAGGAAAUUCUUCAAGGUAAUCUUGAGAGAGAGUGCUUUGAGGAACGGUGCAACAAGGAGGAGGCGAGGGAGUACUUUGAAAACGAUAAGAAAACGGAAGAGUUCUGGACAGUAUAUUACGAUGGGGACCAGUGCGCUUCAAAUCCCUGUCAACAUGGGGGUACCUGCAAAGACAAAAUUGGAGGAUAUAAAUGCACCUGCUCUGAGAAGUACAGUGGAGUGAACUGUGAAAGAGACAAAUCAGAAUGCCAUUCUGAGGGACCUCUCUCAUGCGAACACUUCUGUGAGCCUACAUAUGAAUCCUUUGUCUGUUACUGUGCUCAUGGAUACACCCUUCACAGUGAUGGGAAGAGCUGCAUACCUCAAGUUCAGAACCCUUGUGGAAAGCCAAAAAGAUUCUCCCACGGUUCCGGUACGAUGAAUCACAAUGCAAGCAGCCUCAUAAAUGACUUCUGUCCCAACGGACGCUGCCCCUGGCAGGUGUCAUUUGUGGAUGCAGUUGGUGAAGUGGUUUGUCAUGGGGUGAUCCUUGGCCAGAGAUCUGUGCUCACCACGGCUAGAUGUUUGUCCUCCGAAAAAGACCUCAGCAUGGUCAUUGGUGACCGUUCCACGAUGUCCACGCAUGUCAAUCUGACUGAUGGUGAUUGGACCCUUCACAAAAGGUUUGUGCACGGUCAAGUGCAUAACGACCUUGCUUUCUUGCAGCUGAAGGAACCGAUCCCGUCAGGCACCUACAUCACCCCGCUCUGCCUCCCUGAAAAGGACUUCAGUGAGAAUGUACUGAUGCGCACUGACCAAAAAGGCAUGCUUGGUAGAGGGGGAGCAAGCCUCUCGUACCUUUCAUUGGAUGACUGUCGCGCCAGUCUCAACCUCACCUUCUCCUUGACCAAUAAAAUGUUUUGCAUGAGGGAAAAAGAGGAUGAUGGCACUAGGCCUCAUACAAAGCUAAAGAGGCUCGACUGUGAACUGAAAUUCGGGACCCCCGUCGCUACGGUGGAGGGGAACACAGCUUUCCUCACCGGAACGCUUAUCUCUCAGGACUGCAGCCAAGGCCUGGUGUUCACCAAGUUAUCCCGAUAUUUACACUGGAUUCGAGAACACCUUGAAGAGUCUGAGAACCCACGACGGACCCAUCGAUGACAGCGUGGCUUUGCUCUGCGAAGUGUAUGUUCAUAUUCAUGGUCCUGUAAAUUCAUUCUGUACAUCAAUAAACUGUGAAAUCAAUGUAA